AUGUGGCUGACUGACGAGAGAGAUAGAUAUGCCGAAGGAGACAAGGUCCGCCAAUGUCGUCGCUGCAGAGCUGCCUUUAGCACCAAGUUCCUGGUGCCGCGGAGCUGGUGGACGACGCUGGCGAGGAGGUCGAACGGCUAUUUUGGGUAUCAGGACGUCCUCGAUGAGAAUGGGCUGAGGACGGGGACGACCUCGUGGACGCGCUUCAUGGUCAAGCGCAUCAGCAAAGUCCUCGACAAGCACGGCCACGACGAGCUGCAAUACCACUGGGUCAAGCUCAACGCCUUUACGCGCUGGCACUCCUCCUCCCGGCAAAAUCAUCAGCAGCGCCCGCGGACGGAGAUUGUCCUCUUCGACCACCCGCAGUUUGCGCGGCUCGUGGGCGCGUCGCUGCUGCGGGACGUGAACCCGCGCGAGCUGGGCGACCCGUUCUGGGUGUUCCCCAGCAUGGUGGACGAGAUGGUGCAGCUGCACGACGUGACCAUCUGGGAGUCGCGCAACCUGAUUCGGGACUUUGAGAAGAGGAGGUCGUUUUACAAGUACCAGUACGGGUAUCUGCGGGAGAUUCCGCGGCAUCUGACGCAUGUCAACGAGACGGUGUACGUGACCGAGUCGGUGCUCGCCAGCAUCGAGAAGAGCCACGCUCACUUUCUCAACACAAAACAAGCAGCGGCAGCAGCCUCGUCGUCGUCGUCGUCGCCAAACCUGGUGCACCUCAACAUCCAGCGCCGGCUGGACGCCUUCCACAGCAUGCUGACGAACCUGCGGCACCGCGCCGAGAGCAACAGCGCGCGCAUCACGACGGAGAUGGCGCUGACGUACAACGACGCCGCGCGGGUGGACUCGUCGGCGAUGCGCGCCAUCUCGCUCGUCGGGCUGGUGUUCUUGCCGGCGGCCUUUGUGGCGGCCAUCUUCAGCACGUCCUUCUUCAACUUUGAUGCCCCGACGGGCGUGUGGCGGCUGAGCGGGCAGUUUUGGAUCUACUGGGCGGUUGCGGUGCCGUUGACGGUGCUCACCGUCGUCUCGUGGUUCUGGGGGACGCGGUGCCUGGAUAGGGUUUGGCCGGGGUGGAGGAGGUGGUUGGAGUGA